UGGAGAGGAGCGGAACCGGGGCCGGGGUGCGGCGGCCGGAGGCUGGCCUGUUGUGGGCUUGCGAAAAAGCAGAUGGAGUUCUGAAUGGAGACCAUAACAAGGAAAAGAAAGAUCCGUAUUUUGUGGAAACCCCUUAUGGUUUUCAGCUAGACUUAGACUUCGUCAAAUAUGUGGAUGACAUACAGAAGGGAAAUACUAUCAAGAAACUGAACAUCCAGAAGAGGCGAAAGCCAUCUGUGCCAUGUCCAGAAGUCAGGGCCAUACCUGGUCAUCAAGGCGUGUGGACUUCCACUGAGUCCCUGUCGUCCUCCAACAGUGAUGACAGCAAGCAGUGUCCCAGCUUCCUCCUAGCCAGAAGCCACAUUACAUCCACCCCAAUCCCUCGGCCACCUGCUCCACUAGAGACCUCACCCACUUUCGCUAUCUCAGAAAAUAGACAGCUGCUGCCCCCUCCCUCCCCACAACUCCCCAGGCACAACCUCCAUGUCACCAAGACGUUGAUGGAGACCCGGAGAAGACUGGAACAGGAGAGAGUCACCAUGCAGAUGGCACCGGGUGAAUUCAGAAGGCCCAGGCUGGCCAGUUUUGGAGGCAUGGGCUCCACGAGCUCCCUCCCAUCCUUUAUGGGGUCUGGUAACCACAAUUCUGCAAUGCACCAGCUUCAGAAUGGCUACCAAGGCAAUGGGGAUUACAGCAGCUACAUCCCAGCAGUUCCUACAACUUCUUCCAUGGGAAGCUCUGUCCGGCACAGCCCACUGAGUUCAGGGAUCUCCACCCCGGUGACCAACGUGAGCCCCAUGCACCUGCAGCACAUCCGGGAGCAGAUGGCCAUUGCCUUAAAACGUCUGAAAGAGCUUGAGGAGCAGGUGAGAACCAUCCCUGUGCUCCAGGUUAAGAUCUCUGUCUUGCAAGAAGAGAAAAGGCAAUUGGCCUCGCAGCUGAAAAACCAGAGGGCUGCGUCCCAGAACGAGGCGUGUGGUGUGAGGAAGCGUUCCUACAGUGCAGGCAACGCAUCCCAGAUGGAAUUGCUCUCCCGAGCCCGCAGAGGCGGGGAAUUAUACAUCGACUAUGAGGAGGAAGAGAUGGAGAGCGUGGAGCAGAGCACACAGAGAAUCCAGGAGUUCCGGCAGCUCACGGCUGACAUGCAGGCGCUGGAGCAGAAGAUUCAGGAUAGCAGCUGCGAGGUGGCAUCAGAGCUCAGGGAGAAUGGGCAGUGCCCGUCUCGGGAGUGUAGGUCUGUGGCUGUGGGUAGUGAUGAGAACAUGAAUGAU